AUGGACUUCCUGCCCAGUUUAUUAGCAGAAUGUUGUCCAGAUUCUGAUAUCGCUAAACUAUUAAAAUGUGGAAGAACAAAGUCGACUCAAAUCGCUGAGCUGAUAGGAAAUCAUGCAAGUGAGAAAACAAUAGCUAAUUUGCGAGCUAGAAGAUUUUCGGUAAUAGUUGAUGAAACAACCGACGUAUCAGUGAAGAAGUGUUUGGUGCUUGUUGCAAGAGCUUGGGAAAGCAGAUGCGAUAUCAAUUUUUACUGUUAUAAAAACUUCUUUAAUUCUAAAAAUGUUCCGUUAAAAAAUCUGAUCGGACUAGCUACAGAUGGUGCGAGUGUAAUGGCAGGUAACAUCGGAGGACUGAAGGCAUUGUUGAAAACGGAGACUGAUGUUUUUCACAUAACAUGCACAUGCCACUCACUACAUUUGUGUUGCAGUUACGCUUGCAAAAAACUACCGAGCAGUAUUGAAGUUUUAUGUCGAAACAUUUAUUCUUUUUUUUCGCACAGCCCUAAGCGGAUCUACGAAUUUAGAGAAUUUCAAGAUUAUUGUUCAGUGAAACCACAUAAAAUUCUCGGUAUAUGUCAAACAAGAUGGCUUUCUUUAGAAGCUGUAAUUUGUAGACUUAUUGAACAAUGGGAAAGUCUGAGGUUAUAUUUUAUUUCAAAUUUUCUCGAAGUCAACGGAAUUCGAUCCGCAGAGCUAGCAAACGCAAUGAACUCAAAACUUAAAGCAUACCUUUUAUUUUUGUCCUAUAUACUCCCCAUCAUUAAUAAUUUGGAUAAGGAAUUUCAGUCCGAUAGUUGUCGAUUGCCAUACUUAUACUCUAAUAUUAAAUCUAAUUUCCUUCUGAUUUUAAGUAAUUUACUUGACCAAAAAAAGUUUAACGAUGUAUGUAUAAAUUAUAGAGACAAAAGUAAUCAUAUAAACGUAUUAAAAAUUUUUAUUGGAACAAGCUCUGAGGAAUUUGUUCAAAGUAACUUAAGCGUUACUGAAAUAAUUGAGAUAAAAACCAACAUUCUUGAGUUCUACAUUGAACUUUUGGACCAAAUCAAAGCGAGAUUUGAUUUUGGAAGGGAAGAUUUGCAGCUUCUAAAAAUUAUAACACCAGGUAAUGUUCUUUUGGAAGAAAAUGUAGAAAUAUUACCAUUAAUUUUAAAAUUUAAAAAUUUAGUGGACUGCGAUCCCGAUAAAGUGAUAACUCAAUGGAAGUUACUUAGGUCGAGUGAUAAUAAUUUUAAAAAAGAUAUGGAUAUCACUUCAUUUUGGAGUACUGUUAGUAACAUUAAAAAUGGUUUGAAUGCGUGUUGUUUUAUUGAUUUAACAAAUUUUGUGUUUAAUUUAAUGACACUUCCAUACAGUUCUGCGGGUGCUGAACGAAAAUUUUCUGAAUUUGCGCUUGUAAAAACCAAACUCAGAAAUAAACUAAACAUCAGGACAAUAUAUAGUAUUAUGCACUGUAAAGAACUAGUACAAAAGGCUGAUGCACAUUACGUGUGGUCAGCAAAAAGAGAUCUCAAAGAUGUAUGAUUUUUCUACAAACAUUUUGUAUACAAUUAGGGGAUAUAAAUACUUUUUUUGAUACAAUAUAGGAUAU